AAGCAGAGGACGUGUGUGAGCAGAGGAGCCGUUUGAUGCGAGAUGUUCCUGCUGGUUCUCCUUCACAUCAUGCAGUCAUCUGUGUUGACCCGUUCUUGCCCAGCUCUCUGUGUCUGCAGCAGUGGAAUGACAGAGCCCAGGUUUGUUCAGUGCAGUGACCCUGGGAUGUCAGCGCUUCCUGUGAACGUUCCAGCCGACACAGUCAAACUUCGUCUGGAGAAGACCUUGAUCUCCAGGGUGCCCCGAGCAGCCUUCUACAACCUGUCGGAGCUGCGCUUCUUAUGGUUGACCUACAACUCCAUAACAUCUGUCCACCCUAGCAGCUUCGUCAACCUGAAGGCUCUGAGGGAGCUGCGUCUGGAUGGAAACCUGCUGGCAGCCUUUCCCUGGGAGGGGCUUAGAGACAUGCCUCGCCUCCAGACUCUGGGGCUCCACAACAACCGUCUGUCCAGCCUUCCAGCACAUGCUGCCCUCUUCCUCCCCAACAUCACCUACCUGGAUCUGUCCAGCAACAAGCUGACCAUAUUACCAGCUGAGCUCUUAGACCUCUGGUUUCCUCUUCCAGAACUACAGGAAGGACCAGUUCAAAGAAAGAUCUUAGGUCUUCAUGACAACCCAUGGCUUUGUGACUGCCAGAUAUCAAUGGUGACAUCAUUAUCCAUGUCCCUGGGGAGCCCGGUGGUUCUGAUGGAUCAGCUGCUAAUGUGUAGCAGGUCUGUGGGUCUGUCCGGGUUGCUGCUGACACAGGCCGACCUCUCUCGCUGUAUGAGGCCCUCUGUCCAGCCUGCAGCCACCAGGGUCACCUCUCCACUGGGCAGCAAUGUGAUUCUCCGAUGUGAUGCAAGUGGGUACCCAACACCAACCCUGACCUGGAUUAAAACCUCGGCUUACACUGAUUGUUGUCAGCAAGACCUCCUGCAGAACUCUGAACAGCUUCCCAGGAUUUUGGAGAGCUUUAUGCAGGAAUCUCCUCGAGUCGGUGUUCGCUGGUCGAUAAUCAGUCUAAAUGGAUUAUCGUACAAGGAUGCUGGGGAAUAUCGCUGUCAGGCACGAAACAUGGCUGGAAUAUCCGAAGCUCCAAUAAAACUCAAGGUUAUGGGCAUCACAAGACUGUCUCGUGUCCCAAAGAAGAAAACACAAAAGACUUUGUCCAAAUCAUCACCAAAAUACAGAAAGCCUCCCCGAACUCCUGCCACCAAAAGCCUCAAAGAGAAGGAGAGCCAGAAAACUACAAACAUUCCACCACUUUUUCAGAAUAACGCCCAGGAAGUUUAAAAACUUCACUCCGAAAGAUUUCAAGAAAACAAGGGUUUCAUUUUUUUACUUAUUGCACCAGGUCUUAACGAAGACAUUCUAACAACUCCACAAUGUUGAAGAAACAGAUGAAUGUGAAUCACUAUGAACCAAUAAAUCUGAUAAUUUUCAGUCUCUAGUUGACAAAUAGAAAUCAAAUCACACUUUUUCCAUAAAUAACAGCAGUUUCAGUUUUCAGAGCUCUUUAAAACGUUCUGCAUAGCUGUUCAUAUCACUUAUUUAUAAGAAAUAAACUCAAAUGUGUGAUACAGAAACUAAAAUGUUUCAUCUUUUACUUUUGUUAGAUAUUAGAGAAGAGACCAGAGAUUACAAGACAGGUGUCUAAGGCAGGGGUCUGCAGCCUUUACAACCCGAGACAUUUUUGCUCUGAAUCCAGCUACUUAAAACUUGUUUAGAGCCACAAAUAUUACAUGACCUUUUGAAAAGCACGUUCUAUGGGAAAUGUUUUGUCAUUUUUAAAAAUCACAGAUUUAUUUUUAUUCUUAGGUAUAAAGAAAGAUAUUUUUGAUAAAAAAUUAUGUAAAAACUAAGCACAUAUUUCCAACCUAAUAACAAGAAAAAUGGAUCUCAAAAA